UACCCCACCCCAGCAAGUACCCGUUCGCCCGAAUCGGACUUACACGAUCAGUUAGACCGACCAGCCAUGGGCAAAGACCGCUUCGUCGUCAACCCGUUCGGAGACCUCAACCUCACGGAAGCAGACAGACAGGGCCUCAAGGACUUCGCGUUGAAUUUCAUUGACCAAAACAUCGUGAAGUACGAGGCUUUCAUCGGCGGUGACCGCACCAAGGUGGACCAGAAGAAGUGGAAGCUGAUCAAGACCAAGGACGAUGCUCGAGUGUACCUUGAACGCGACCCGAUGAUCCGGACAACCCCAGACGGAGUGAAGACCGACCACCCGGAGUUUCUUCUGACAGGAAUUACUUGGGGAACCGUCGACGACUGCAUGUUCGGGGCUGUGAACCCGACGCUCGAGUCCAUGCGGAUCAAGGCGUCCUAUGUGGAGGACAUGAGCGGUGGCGCAGUUCUGGCCUCUCUCGAGGAGCCCACCGUGGAUGAGCCGUUCAACUCCAUGAACGUCAAGUGGAUGGAGAUCGAUCUCCCGUUCGCAGCGACCUCGCUCGUCAAGAACCGCGACUACGUUUACCUAGAGUGCACGAAGAUGGUUCGGCUUUCGAACGGUGAACGUGUUGGCGUCAUGAUCUUCCACUCGGUCGACUUCCCGCAGACGAAGAAGCUCCCCGCUCGAGUGCGCGCCAAUAUCACCGUCUGCACGAUCUUCCGCCAGAUUGGAAACGACACCAUUGACUUGUACGGGUCGGGUAUUGUCGACGCUGGUGGCGAAAUGAUCAAGUCCCUCGUGAUGCCGAGCAUUGCCACCGGUUACCUGUCGACGCUCAAGUACGCCCACUGCAGCAAGAUGAAGAAGAUGUCGUGGAUGUUGGCCAAGCGCUACGAGAUGGCCAAGGAACUGGGCACCCCGACUCGAGCAAGCGUCUGCGUUACGUGCACGGCUCCUAUUUCCAAGCUUCGAAUCGGCGACUAUGGCAAGGGAGAAAGCAGUACCUGCAAGCUUUGCGUGGGCUACCUAUGUCGGUCCUGCCGGAUCCAGCGCAAGUUGUGCUUCGUCGCUUCCGACAUGCAGCUGCAGAUGCGGAAGGUCUCUUUUUGCGGACUGUGCCUUCAGCAGGUGAGGAGCAUGAGCCCGCUAGAGGUGGCGAGAGAACACGCCGCGGGCAUCUGCAAGCAAUUGUCUUCUUACUGUCACAUCGACUCGUCUUACGCCAGCACGAUGUCCGAUUGAGAGGCAGACUGGUUUGUAGUGCAUUUUUCUCGUCGAUCUCUGGAAACACAAGUGGUUGCCGAUGCCUACUACGGUAGUAUAAGCUCGAUGGGAUUGCAUUGUACAUAAC